GCUGGCUUCGUGCUGUGUACGGACCGAUGCCGAAUGGAUUCUUUCCUUGGAACCAAAUCAAAUCAGCAGCUCCAACUCCAUCCUUGACGUUGACGUGACUCUCUCUCUCUCACUCUCUGCAUCCAUAUCUAUAUCCAUACGUACACACAGAAGUCAGAAGAACUUCGAUCAGCACAGAACGCGUGGCGCUACUGUAGAAAGCAGAUGUAGUAGUAGAACAGAACAGAACAGAACCGCAUGAAGAUGAAGGGCAUAAUCACGAGCUUGUCGCCGGACAGUUGCUCCGCCUCCACAUUCGUCAAAAUCGCCUCUCUCUCCUUCUUCUCUAUCUCCCUCUUCUUUCUCGCCAAGCUCUUCUCUGACUCCGUUCCUCUCCCGCCCCUCUCCUCCCUCAGCUCCGCCGCCUCUCUCCCAGUUCCGAAUCCUCCGCCGCCUCCCCGGACGGUGAGGCCGAAGCCGCUGGAGGUGGAGAGGACUGGGAUCGUGGACGCCGACGGGCUUAUGACGGACGACUUCGUGGUCGGCGAGUUCGAUCCGAGUGUCGCUGAGAGUGUGACGGCGAAUGCAACCGAGUACGAUGGCGGUCGCAAGGCUGCGGCUAGGGUUGCGAAGUUUGAGGUGUGUGAAGAGAGUAUGAGGGAGUAUGUUCCCUGUUUGGACAAUGCGGACGCCAUUUCUAGGUUGAAUUCGACGGAUAGAGGCGAGAAGUACGAGCGGCAUUGUCCCGAGGGGGGGAAGGGAUUGACCUGUUUGGUGCCGAGACCGAAGGGGUACCAGGCCAAGAUACCAUGGCCAAAAAGUAGGGAUGAGGUGUGGUUCAAUAAUGUACCCCAUACGAAGCUAGUUGAAGACAAAGGAGGUCAAAAUUGGAUAUCAAAGAAAGAUGAUAAAUUUAUAUUUCCAGGUGGUGGAACACAAUUUAUCCAUGGGGCAGAUCAGUACUUGGAUCAGAUUUCCAAGAUGGUCCCUGAUAUUGCAUUUGGACUACAAACCCGAGUAGCCCUAGAUGUUGGUUGUGGAGUGGCAAGUUUUGGCGCUUUCCUACUAGAUCGUAAUGUGACUACUCUGUCAAUAGCACCGAAAGAUGUUCAUGAGAACCAGAUUCAAUUUGCUUUAGAGCGUGGUGUGCCUGCCAUGAUGGCUGUAUUUGCAACACGCCGCUUAUUGUAUCCUAGUCAGGCAUUUGACUUGAUUCAUUGUUCAAGAUGCAGAGUUAACUGGACACGUGAUGAUGGAAUGUUGCUUCUUGAGGUUAACAGGAUGCUAAGGGCAGGAGGAUAUUUUGUUUGGGCAGCACAACCUGUGUAUAAGCAUGAAGAUAACCUGCAAGAACAAUGGAAAGAAAUGGAGGACCUUACCAGACGCAUUUGUUGGGAACUUGUCAAGAAGGAAGGGUAUCUUGCUAUAUGGCGGAAGCCUCUGAACAACAGCUGCUAUGUCAAUCGUCAGCCUGAAGUACAACCUCCAAUGUGUGAAGUCAAUGAUGAUCCUGACAAUGUUUGGUAUAUCCAGCUUCACUCUUUAAAGUUUUCAGCUACAUGGCAAAAAUCAAUGUAUGUUAAUCUGAAAGCAUGCAUCACUUGGUUACCCCAGAAUGCUUAUGGAGCUAAUGUUAGCACAUGGCCUGCACGCCUUCAUAAUCCACCAGACAGGCUGCUUACUAUAAAAAUGGAUGCUUACAUGUCCAGAAAGGAAAUAUUCAAAGCAGAGUCAAAAUUUUGCAAUGAUAUUAUAAAUGGUUUUGUCAGUGCCUUCCAUUGGAAGGAAUUAAACCUACGAAAUGUGAUGGACAUGAGGGCUCAAUAUGGAGGCUUUGCUGCAGCUUUACAUGAUUAUGGAGUUGACUGCUGGGUUAUGAAUGUUGUUCCUGUUAGUGGUUCCAAUACAUUACCUGUUAUUUAUGACCGUGGGCUCAUAGGAGUUAUGCACGACUGGUGCGAGCCAUUUGACACUUACCCGAGGACAUAUGACCUAUUGAAUGCUGCCGGUCUCUUCUCUGUAGAGCGAAAGAGAUGUAAUUUGUCGACAAUUAUGCUUGAGAUGGAUCGUAUUUUGAGGCCAAAUGGGCGAGCCUACAUUCGCGAUACUGUUGCUGUAAUUGAAGAAGUUAGAGAAAUUGCAACGGCCAUGGGAUGGGUGACAUUAUUAUUUGACACCAUUGAAGGACCCCAUGCUACCUGGAAGCUUUUGCUCGGUGAGAAACGUCUGUAAACAUGCUUUGAUUUGCUUUUUCCUCCAUCAAAUGCUUAUUUGUUUUAUUUAUCUUUUCCUUUUUAACCGUUUAGCAUGAAAAUUCCUAAGAUCGUAGAAAUAUAGAUGGUUCUGAGACGGGCAAACUGUAAUAUAUGUCUUACCUUGAUCAGUCAGUCAUAAAGUAGUGUUUUUUUUU